AACGUAUUCGCUACCAGUUCUCCGAAGAAUGAAAUGGUCUUCCUCUGUGUUCGUAUCCAACCUGACCAGUCACCUAAAAUGGAAGCGAUUGUAAAUGCAAAUUUCGGUUCAAAAAAGACCAGCGACGGAGUUAAGUACGAAAACGUUCAGUGGACUCAAGUAAUCGUCGGACAAAAUCAGGGCAAUGACGGUACUAUUACAAACGACACCCCAUUCUAUGGAAGGAUUUCGAACUUAAACAUCUGGUUUAACUCUCUCACUGAUGCCCAAAUUACAAAUUGGUACAACGAAGUUCAGAAAAAUUACAUACCUAACAUUCUUAAAUGGCCAGAACUUGGUUCUUCUUCCAGGAUUGGAGACGUUCAUUUUGUAAAGGUCACUUCUGCAGGGAGACAGUGGCGUGACGUUUUGGAUAGUGAGGUGGAUGUGCAAACAACAAGUAAUGUUUCGGCGACGAAAUCUUUUAAGAGUGGAUCUGGAGUUGUUAUCGAAGUUGAGCGUCAGUCACCAGUCUCUUGUAGUAAUGCAACUGAUUCGGCCACAGUUGACGGCGUGUUGAUAUCUGUAUCUGGAAGCUGGAAACGAAUCAAAUACAAGCAGACGUUCAUGGAAACUCAGAAAUGUUUUGCAAUUUUUGGGAGCGUUCGUAAACGGGCCGCUAGUAUAUUCACUCCCGGUGUUUCGGAAUUCGACCUUGAUUUGGAUGAACUUUGGAAAGAAGAAUAUCUUGGCCCAAAUGGUAAUCAUUUCGAUGGUGUGAAUGCUUUGUGCGGUGAUGAACACUUUUGGAUGGUAAAUCAACAAAAUACACCUGUAGCCGGAGUCAGUCUGAGACGGGAGAGCGGCGCGUCGAAUGCUGGGAUAUCCACCUUUGGCAAGUGUGGGAUGUUCAAGUUCAAGAUUUCUGAUAUUCGUGUUCUGGAGUAAAAAUUCUGUAUCAAGUCCUGGCUAAUCCAAGUUGUUAUUGGCGACACAAGUUGCGGUCCUCUCCCAGCUGGUGCUUGUGAUGUCAUGACAGAAAUGUCACGUGGCAUCCCAAAUAAAGGCUUCGAAGGAGAAGAAACACGUUGCUGCCUUUAGGGCCUUUGACUGGCUAGGACUUGAGCCCGUGAUCAAUUGAUAAGUUUGUGCAUUUAAAUCACCUUUUAAGCACAUCAGCACUAUGACUGUAAAUUGCACUGGAAGCAGAGCUGAAAAUGACUUCACAUUGAAAUAAUUAGACUUCUCGCUAUUUUAUAGACAAUGAUAGUCGAAUGAACACAAACUGUUGAGGGAAGACGAUCAAGAUCUUACAUUUAGCUUGUUUUCACUCGUUCUAAGGCCGUUUUUUUCAUAUCUAUUAUAAGAAUUGACACAACAAACAGCCUGUGGCUAAAAGUAGUCAUGUCCCAACUUUACUUUAGAGGCGAAAAGGGGAAUUAAUGAAUACGAUGCUGGGUGUUCUGUAAUAUUUUGAACAAGGUUUUGUAGUAUGCAGUUUUAAAAAUUUUUAGUUCAUUUUAUUUAAACUCGUAAAUUGAAAUUCUACCAAGGAAGGAGGUACUGGGAACUAGUUUAGC